CAUUAGGAUUAGUCAGUCAUCAGUGUAAAAUUGAUUGUAUACUAUCAUGGCAGAUCCAUUAAGUUUACUUCGACAAUAUAAUGUUAAUAAAAAAGAAAUAAUUGAACGUGAAAAUCAAAUAAUAUUUGGCGAAUUUUCGUGGCCAAAAAAUGUGAAAACGAAUUACUUAACAUACGGUUCCGGAAAAGAUGGAACAUCAAAAGAAUAUUACACAUUAGAGUGUCUCUUAUUUUUACUGAAACAUGUACAACUUACACAUCCAGUUUACGUACGACAAGCUGCAGCUGAAAAUAUACCAGUUGUACGUCGUCCAGACAGAAAAGAUUUAUUAGCAUAUCUCAAUGGUGAAACAGCGACAUCAAGUUCAAUCGAUAAAUCUGCACCCUUGGAAAUACCAACUCAGGUUAAACGUACUGCUGAAGAUGGCUUGGAUACGGGAUCAUCGAAAAAACCGAGAUUUGAAGAAACACACGUCCAAAAAGUUAAAGAACAACUUGCUGCCAGAUUAGAUGCUCCAAAAGAAGCAUCCGUCACCGUUGAUAAUAUAAAAUCUUUGUCCGAGGCAAUGUCUGUUGAAAAAAUUGCUGCUAUCAAAGCUAAAAGACUGGCCAAAAAACGUACAACAAUCAAAGAAAAUGAUGAUAUCGGCAUGGGUUCAGAUUUACGCGUUAUACUAGACAUGGAUGUUGAUGACACUAAGGAUAUUGUGUCCCGUGAAAGACAGUGGCGUACGAGAACAACAAUAUUGCAGAGCAGUGGUAAAAUGUUUGCUAAAAGUAUAUUUGCUAUCUUAACGAGUAUUAAAGUGAGAGAAGAAGGACGUCAAAAAGGUCUCACCGUGCCAACACCAAUGGUGACACCAAGAGCCACACCAAUGCGACCAAUGCCACAACCAGCAGUUUAUAAUCGUUAUGAUCAAGAACGAUUCAUUCGCCAAAAAGAGGAAACUGAAGGCUUUAAAAUCGAUACAAUGGGAACAUAUCAUGGUAUGACAUUGAAAUCAGUGACAGAGGGUACGAAUCUAGCUAUCAGAAAACCCCAGACGAAUCCAUCACCGAUUCCAAAAUCUGGUCUACUUCCGACAUCAGCAGCAAAAUUGACUCCACAGCAAGCUGCACAAAACAAGCGUACGAGUAAAACACCUAUAAUCAUUAUACCAAGUGCCAAUAAUACAUCAUUGAUAACAAUGUACAAUGCCAAGGAUAUUUUACAAGAUAUGAAAUUUGUUACGAGUGAAGAGAAACGGGCAGUUGGCUGCAAAAAAGAAACUGAUAUUCUAUUGCAACGAAGAAAAGAAGGUGGCUUGACUGUGCCAUAUCGCCUCAUUGACAAUCCACAAAAACUUAGUAAUUCUGAUUGGGACAGAGUUGUUGCGGUAUUCGUUAUGGGUCCAGCUUGGCAAUUCAAAGGAUGGCCUUAUGAUGGUAAUCCUGUUGAAAUAUUUUCGAAAAUAUGUGGAUUUCAUAUAAAAUACGAUGAAAUGAAAACUGAUCCAAAUGUUUCAAGAUGGGCUGUUACUGUCAUUCAACUUAGUCGGGAAAAACGACAUUUAGAUAGAGCUGCACUUAUGAUGUUUUGGGAGCAUUUGGACAAACAUAUGAUCAAGAACAAGCCUCUUUUGCGGUUCUAAAAAUUUUAUUGAAAUCUGCUGCUUAUAAUCGUAAUAUUAAUAAUAAUGAUAAUGAAAUUUAAAAAAUGUACAUAUACCUAUACAUUAUAAAUAUUUUAAAAAGUUCAUGUAAGUAAAAAAAUAAAAGUACGGAAUCAACUAAAUACAAAAGUAAGAUUUAAAAAAAAAAAUCGUUUUUGGUUUUCUCAUGUACGUAACAAAAAUAACAACGGAAAUAGAAUGAAUUUUUUUUUUGUUUUUUUGUGAAAAUAACUAUAGGAUGUAAUUUGAACGUUUUUUAUAUAGACUAUAUGUUAUAUAUAUAUAUAUUCUAUUAUUCAAGUCAGCAAUGAUGACUAUAUGUUUGGAAGUGUAUGCCUGGAAGACAUAAAGAAUCGAAAAUUUCUGAUGUUAUUUGCAAUGAAUUCGAAAGUUAAAGUAUACAAGAAAAUAGUAUCCCUCGAGGGAAAAAAAGGGCAAGCCAUUUUAUUUGUUCAUCUGAUUGAAUCUUCCAAAUUCGAUUUAGUAAGGUCUAUUACUUUUAACACUAAAAGUCAAUAAAGAAAAAUAUUUAUACACUAUCGGAAGUGAGUUUUGUGACAAUUUAAUUUAUUUGGAUUAUUUUCGUUAUACUUUUUUGUUACUACAAAUUUUCUUUUUUUUUUUUUAAAUAUUACUUGCUAACGAAGUUAUAGAAAUUUAUAGCAUUGUGUACAAUUUGGUAGUGCACAAGGAAGUCCUGGUAUCAUUGGUGGCAAAUGAAGAAAACUACUUUUGUUUGUCUCACGUAAUUGUUGUACUCUUGAAUUAAAAUGAGUAUUGUACUGUACAUUUAAUGCAAGAUUAUUGU